GUGGUAAUGAACGCAGGUCAAUUAGCUCCAUCCAUAAUACCUCUGCAGUUCAAAAAUCAGCUAUCUGGCUUCUCCAAUAAUGUAACUCGUAUUGUUAAUGCUAUACCGGAUUAUACGAUACGCGCAAUACCGGCCGAAGAUGAUAUGUCGCGUGUCAUUAUUGACACUCCGAAGGUUUUACCGCCGUUAGGUGUGGCAAUUGUUGCGGAGAAUCGAACUGCAAACCAAACAUCCGUAGAAGCGUUUUUCAACGCGAAAGCACGACACGGUGCUGUUAUCGCGUUGUCAUUAGUGAGUAACGCUCGACUGGGCAUUGAUCCGGGUAAUUCAUUUACUCUCUUCAAAUUGUACACUUUUCUUUUAGCGAUGAGAGAUUUGUUUUGCAACAGCUAA